CAGUUGACUUGAUUUUUUAAAUUAUUCAUGUUAAGUCAUAUUGUGAUAAAAGAUGACAAACAUUUAUUUUUUUUCGCGUCUCAAAUGUGUGGAUUGCUGCUGCUUUCUGUGCUAAAUGAUAAUGUAAAUAGAUGUAGUUUGGGUUUUGGACUGUUGGACGACACUUAAAAACAUGUAGUCAUGGGCUGAAUGUUUUUUUCCAGAUAUUUUUCACUACAUUCAGAUGGACUAUUGAUUAUUCAAUUCAUCAAUUAUAUAUGUUAUGGACUAAAUCAAAUUUAAAAUGCCUAAAAUUAUAAACUAACCUAAAAUGUCUAACCAUCUCUUGUAACAGCUCAAUUUCUCUGUUUUCUAUUAUCGUAUAUUUAAAUUUUGUUAAGGUUAUUAAUUAGGCUCCAACUUAUAAUUAAAUUUUUUACCAACUAACCAAUCUGUAGAUUUUUUUCUUGAGUAGUUGAUUAUUCGUUUGGUUAAACAUUACAAAACAUUGAGAAAAGCCAAUUAAAAAUUCCUAAAGCCUAAAGUGAUGUCAUCAAAUCGCUUAUUCUGUGCAAGCAACAUUUCCAAACCCCAAAAUAUUAAAUUUACUAUAAUGUAAGACCAACUGAUAUAAGUGGGAAUGGGCCAGUACUUCAGAAUUGAUGACUCUAAAUUGCCCGGAGGAGUGAAUGACAGCGUGAAUGGUUGUCUGUCUGUAUGUAUCAGCCCUGCGAUAGGCUGAUGACCUGUCCAGGGUGUACCCCGCCUCCUGCCCAAUGUCAGUUGGGAUCGGCUUCACACACACCCCGCAACCCGAAUUCGGGAAGGCACACGGAGCACUGGUUCCCUUCUUUGGAAACUCUUUUUAUAUUUAACAGCUCCUCGCACAGGGCAAGGAAAAGGACCGGAAAAUGCCUAAAGCGGUCAAUGUUCGCGUCACCACCAUGGACGCUGAGCUGGAGUUUGCCAUCCAGCCCAGCACCACCGGCAAGCAGCUGUUUGACCAGGUGGUUAAAACCAUUGGCUUGCGUGAGGUAUGGUACUUCGGACUCCAAUAUAUGGACCACAAAGGUUACUACACCUGGCUAAAACUGGACAAAAAGGUGUCCUCCCAGGACGUGAAGAAGGAGAACCCACUGCAGUUCAAGUUUCGGGCCAAGUUCUUCCCCGAGGACGUAUCCGAAGAGCUGAUCCAGGACAUCACCCAGAAGCUUUUCUUCCUGCAGGUGAAGGAGGGCAUCCUGAGCGAUGAGGUGUACUGUCCACCAGAGACAGCCGUGCUGCUCGCCUCCUACUCCGUUCAAGCGAAGUUUGGAGACUACAACAAAGAAGUCCACCAGCCUGGAUACCUGCUGUCUGAACGGCUGCUGCCACACAGAGUCAUGGAGCAGCACAAGUUAUCCAGAGAGCAGUGGGAGGAGAGGAUUCAGGUGUGGCACGAGGAGCACCGCGGGAUGUUAAAGGAGGACGCUAUGAUGGAGUACCUGAAGAUCGCUCAGGACCUGGAAAUGUACGGAGUCAACUACUUUGACAUCAAGAACAAGAAGGGCACAGAGUUGUGGCUGGGAGUGGACGCACUGGGCCUCAACAUUUAUGAGAAGGAUGAUAAAUUGACCCCUAAGAUUGGCUUCCCCUGGAGCGAAAUCAGAAACAUUUCCUUCAACGAUAAGAAGUUCAUCAUUAAGCCCAUCGACAAAAAAUCUCCAGACUUUGUGUUUUAUGCACCAAGGCUGCGCAUAAACAAGCGCAUCCUGCAGCUGUGCAUGGGCAACCACGAGCUGUACAUGCGCCGCCGCAAACCGGACACAAUCGAGGUGCAGCAGAUGAAGGCCCAGGCCCGCGAGGAGAAGCAACAGAAACAGAGGGAGAGAGCCCAGCUGGAGGAGGAGAAGAAGAAGAGAGAGGCCAUCGAGAAAGAGAAGGAGCAGAUGGAGCGAGAGAAGCAGGAUCUGAUGAUGAGGCUGUACGACUUCGAGGAGAAGACCAAGAAGGCGGAGAAAGAUCUUCAGGACCAGCUCCAGAGGGCCAUGAUGCUGGAGCAGGAGCGGAGGAGAGCCGAGGAGGAGGCGGCUCGCCUAGAGGCCGAGCGUCAGGCCGCACUGUUGGCUAAAGAGGAGCUGGCCCGCCACGCUGAGGACCAGAAGAAGAGUCAGGAGCAGCUGGCUGCAGAGCUGGCAGAGCACACCGCCAAGAUCAGUCUGCUGGAGGAGGCCAAGAAACGCAAGGAGGAGGAGGCCGACUCAUGGCAGCUCAGGGCCAAGGAGGCCCAGGACGAUCUCCUAAAGACCAAGGAGGAGCUGCACAUGGUGAUGACGGCGCCCCCGCCUCCUCCCCCUCCCCCCAUGUACGACCACAUGGACGACAACAGCGACAGCGAGGAGAACGCCAGCGAGGAAAACGCCAGCACGCACAGCGCCGACCUGCAGAAUGAAGGCUUCUACGACCACCGCAACGAGGAGGACCGCCUGACCGAGGCCGAGAAGAACGAGCGCGUCCAGAACCAGCUGAAGGCCCUGACCUCAGAGCUGGCUCAGGCACGUGAUGAAUCCAAGAAUACCCAGAACGACCUUCUUCACAGCGAGAACGUCCGGGCCGGCCGAGACAAAUACAAGACCCUGCGACAGAUCAGGCAGGGCAACACCAAGCAGAGGAUCGACGAGUUUGAGGCCUUAUAAAAAAGCCUUCGGCCCCCCUCGGCCGCUCACCCUUUCUGAAUGGUCACUACAUCUCGGCCGACACACACAUGGACACACAUAUUAACACACAACUGGAGCAGUAUAAGCAUCAAUUACAGAGAGACACACUCCUGUCGUGAGUGUGCACAGCUUUGUAAAUCCUUUGAAGAAAAACUUAGUGCCAAAACCUUCCUCUUCUUAGUGUUUCAGAUCUUAUUUGUGUAUUUGAUUGUGUGUAAUUUGAUCGAAUUCAGACCAAAUCAUUAUUGUUUUUAUCCAGAGGUGUGAUGAAGUAGUGGGACUAGCCAAAUUUUAUUAUAUUAUUAUUAUUUCAUGAUGUGCACAUGAUGUAAUCAAAGCCUCGCUUCUUUUUGAUGUCCGUCUUUGUUGUGUAGGAAGAAAAAAAAAGGACAGUUUGUCGUUUAUAGCGACCACUCAGAAAGGGGUUAAACAGUAUACGCAGGAAAAUGUACUUUUGUUUUUGUUUUCCAUUAUAUUUGAACACUUCCAUUUUAUGUUUAAUAUUGCUAUACAGUAGUUUAAAAUUAUCCCUAGUUGAUAUUUAUACUGUAUAUGGGACAUUAAAAAAAGGGUAUUUCAUCUUGGUUUGUAUAUUUUUGCUAUCUACUAAUGAUAAUGAAAAUGUUUCAAAGGUUUUAUAUAUUGACCAAAAUAAUAGCAGUCUUAUGUUCAAUACGUUUUCCUUUAGAUCACUAAAUUAAAGAGAUUUAACUGUAAAUUAUUAUUAUUUUUUACUGUAGGAAAUAUCCAGCUGCAUGCCAUUAAAUCAGUUAAGGAGAUUGCUAUCUAUCUAGGUACUUUUGAUUUUUUUUUUUUUUUUGCAGUGCAGUUCACAGCCUGCCGAGGAAUGUUGUUAUCCUCGGACACUGUGUCGACUGGGACACUUAGUUUAAUAUAUUUUAUUUCUCUGUUCCGUGUCAUGUCGCUGUUGAGUGAGAGAUGAGCAUGUGUUUGUGUGCUUUUACCCUCCUAAGUUGCCUUCUUCUCUGGCUGUCUCCUCCUCAGGGAUCAGUCCCAGACAGUUGGUCUUCACUUCAUAGCCACGGUGCUUAGUCACAAUAAACAAUAUGGAAGCUUUUAGUUCUUUUAGUGUUAAGCCUUACGAGGGUUGAGGUGAACGUUACAGAGUUUUCAUUUUGCAGCUUGGGCACAGCGGACUGACACAGACAGUUACAGCACCUCGCUCUCCUCUCGCUGGACACGGACUAGAGUAGCAUCUACUGACACUGUAAUGGAAACACACAGCUCUGCUGGCCUUUGUAUAUGAACAGGAUUUUAUAAUGAGGUGUUCAACAUAUUGGCAAUAAAGAAAAAUCUAUGAUUACACAA